CAUUAUAUUAACAAUAAAGAAAAUCUAAAUUGUUUUAUUUAACGUUAAUUGUAACUAUUGAAAAUAAUUGUUUCCGUAUUUAUAAUAUAUUAACAUUAAGAGUAACGAAACACUUUGAAUUUUGUUCUUUUACAAAUAUUGAAUAUGUACUUUCGCCAGUGUUAAAUAGAAACAAAAGAAUCAUUGUUAAUUUUUUAAUUUAAUUGUUGUACGUUACUGUUGAUACAAUUGUUCAGCGGAAAAGAAUGUCCAGAAACAAUUCUACCACGAACGGAUCGCUCAGACGAUCACCCCGACGAUCACCCCAAGAACGGAAAGAAAUUUUAAGAAAAAUUAUAACUGAAACUGAAGUUCUUCAAGAGGCAGUCACUGAUAACACUAUACAACAGUUGGAAUCAUGCAUGGAACAAACAGAUGAUAUCAACCAAGAAACUAGUAUAGAAGAAAAAAUACAUAAUCAAGAAGAAGUAUUAUUAGAUUCUGAAGUAAUGAACAUGUCGUCUAAAGUUUUAAAACAAUGUACCAAGUCUUUAACAAGACGCAUGUCCUCGUAUAAUCAUGUAGAAUUUGCUAAAAGAGUGGUAAAAUACGUAAAACAGCUUCCGGAUAUUGAAUCAGAAACACCAGACUGGUCACUUUUAGAAGCAAAAGUUACAAAAUGUUUCAAAAGAACACCCCAGUACAGCACAUUACUAGGUACUUUAGCACCAUUGGAAAGGAAGGAAAUUAUUAGAAAAAAGCCAGCAGCUAAAGAAGCUCAAGCACAAAUAAAAAGACCAGAUAAUGUUGUAGCAGUUAAUAAAGAAGAAGAAGGUUUAGAACAAACCGUACGAGUGCAACAAUUUAUCUCUCGAUACUGUAAGACUCACCGUAAACCAAUUGAUUUCUUUCGAUUAGUUUUACAUCCAAAUGAUUUUGGAAAAAGUGUUGAAAAUAUUUUGCAAGUAUCUUUUCUCGUUCGAGAUGGAAAAGUUAAAAUAACAAAAGAUGACUCUAAUAUGCUUGUUGUUCAACCAUGUACCAAAGAAAUAACAGCUCAAACAAAACUACAGAAUAUGCCUAAUAUUCAAAAUGUGAUUUCUCUGGACAUGGAGCAGUGGAAGAUUCUGAAAGGUGUUUAUAAAUUAGAAAAACCGAUGCUUAAUUUUGAUAAUAAGGCAUGACACAAUUUGAACAUUAUUUAUAUUAAGAGUUAACAGUAUUAUGUGAUAUCGCGGUAUUUUAGAGAUGUGAAUAUUUUUGUAUACCUAAAAAAGAAUUUGUAUGUCUAUUUCCUUACUGAAUUAAAAGUAUUACACAAAAACGAAGGAUCUUUUAAACUGUACAUACAUCCAUAUGUUUUUGUAAAAUUUUUAUUACCUCCUAACAUAUACUAAAAUGUUGAAGUAUAUGUUAAUAACAAUGUGAUUUACUGACUCGACUUAUGAAUACUGAAAACAUCAGUGAACAGAAUUAUAUAAAUUUAUACAAAAUUGUUCACGAUGUUCUCAACAAUUUUGUAUGCCUUCUUGUGAAUUUCUGAUUAACAAAAAACAAUCUUCUAAUAUUCGUUCAGCAACUUUGAUCGAAGAUACUUAUACUCCUGGAUAGAAGCCAACACUAUAAUAGAUAUAAAAGAAAUAGGCUUGUAUUAUUAGAAGAUCGUUUUAAUUAUUUUUUUAAUGACACGAUUACGAUGAACACGAGUUCAUUUAUUUGGCCAAUGAUUCUGCCUUUGCUACUACUUCUUCGAUUGGCC